AUGUUGCCGCCGACGGUUCUCCUCUUGGCGAUCCUGGCGUUCGCGCGAGCGACGCCGGAUCCUACGUAUCAGAUCUUGCCAGAUGCGGAUUUAGCGAGACUACGACCCAGGGCAGAUUUGCCGGAAGACGCGAAGCUCAACGCUAUGCAACUAAUUGAGAAAUACCAUUACAACCCUGAGCUGCACAGAGUGAUUACAUCCGACGGUUACAUUUUGGAAAUGCAUCGGGUAAGAGGGCAAACGGCGACGUUAAACAAUAUGCAAAAACCUGUUGUGUUUAUGAUGCACGGUCUUCUGGCGAGCUCGGCAUCGUGGGUGCUAUCCGGACCGAAGAAAAGUUUAGGAUUCAUCUUAUCGGACGCGGGAUAUGAUGUAUGGCUCGGUAAUGCGCGUGGCACUUUAUAUUCCCUUAAUCACACGAAUCCGUCGAUUGCAAGGAAGGAUUACUGGAAUUUCAGCUGGCACGAGAUCGCGACGCGCGAUCUCCCGGCAAUGAUAGAUUAUGUCCUGAAGACCACCGGUCGCGAGAAGCUGUUCUACUUGGGGCACAGCCAGGGCACCACCACCUUCUUCGUCAUGUCAGCGCAGCUACCCGAGUACCAGGACAAAGUCCACGCGAUGUUCGCAAUGGCUCCGGUGGCUUACUCCUCCAGGAUGUUUAGUCCGAUUUUCCAGUUGCUUUCGAAGCUCAUCACGCCAAUCGAUUUGGUGACGAAAUUAAUCGGCCAGUACGAGUUCGCACCUACGGACGAGGCUAUGCAGAAAUUUCAAAAAUUAGUCUGCGCGAAGGAUGCCAUCACGCAGCCAUUGUGCUCGAACGUGCUGUUCCUGAUCACCGGAUUCGAUUACGACCAAUUCGACAAGGCCUUAUUGCCGGUAAUCUUAGGACACUUACCCGCUGGUGCAUCCACGAAGCAAUUUGUACACUACGCGCAACUCAUCAACUCCGGCAAGUUCCGGCAGUUUGAUUACGGGUUCUUCGGUAACUUAGGCAUUUACAACAGUAUAACUCCGCCGAAGUACGAUUUGACGAAAAUCCAUGUGCCGAUCGCACUGCACUACAGCACCAACGAUUGGCUGUCGAACGUCAGGGACGUGCAUCAAUUGUACAAUGAGCUGGGCAAUCCUUUAGGCAAAUUCCGAGUGCCGUAUGAGAAAUUCAAUCAUUUGGACUACUUGUGGGCUAAGGACGUGGACACGCUCUUGUACGACAAGAUACUUAGCUUGAUGUCGCGCUUCAAGGAUUGAAUCGCGGCGGCAGCCAUAAUAGAUCGAGCGAGGGCUAAAAUGAGACAAAAGUCAAAGAGUGACUUGCUUUCUACAAAAAGACUGAUUUCUGCACACAGCGACAGUGAACGUUAAUCAAACGAGGCGAUUUCUGUUGCGUUUUUUCCCACAUCGGAAUGUAUCCACGAAUAUAUAUAUGUGCUGCUUACACGAUUAUACCAGGAGAGCACGAUUGUACAGUUCAAUUUUAAAGCGCAAUGGAAAUAACACAAGAACGCAGGUAUAUGAGUGCGCAAUGAUUUAAAAUUUUCCGCGUUCAUAUCUGCAUCCUGGUUGCGAUCAGUUCAUCUAAAAAAAAAUCAGAUUUUUCGUUAACUAAAUUUCCUGUUAACCCUCGCACAAUCAAUUCCUCCAUAUCCUCAGGCAUAUCAUUAGACAAAAAGAUCGCUAAUUAACACACUCUGCGUUUUCGGAAAAUAAACUUCUUUUCAAAGUUACACAAAUGAUGCAACAUCGAAUGCAAAUAAAGCUCUAUUUGAAAAACUUAGAUUCUCGGCUGAUAUAAUAUAAAGCAAUGAUUAUAAAUAAUACCCGCCGAAUACAUUACCGACAAUUCUUAUUAGUCCAGUUCCUAAUUAUCAGGUUUAAUAAUCUAUCAGUGAUAGACUUAAGACGUUGAGGAUACUUAAUAUUUUCUAAAGCGAAUUAUCUGUAGAACACUCAUGUCAGCUCAUGCACAGCUCUUGCAAAUUGAUAUACAUGUAACUGUGUUAAUGAUCGAAUAAUGCAGCGAUAGAAAGGUCAAAAAAACACGCGAAUAUAAAUAUGUCGCAUACAUUGUAAUUAACCGCAAUAUGUAAUAAAUGAAACGAAGAAAUCGAA